AUGUCGGUUACUGAGGAUGUGUUAAGGAUUAAGUUUAGCGGCACGUUGGGCGCUUACAGUGGCGUGGGGCGGAUACCCACGCUGGUGUCGGGGACAGGACCAGGGUCAGGCGACGUGGAGAUGGUGCAGGAGGGUGAGGGGGAGCCGGGCGGCAACAGCCUUAUCGCGCCGCGCCGGCUACCCAAUCCCUGUCUAGAGAGCCCACAGCGUGUGGACUUACACAGAGAACUGCUUUUUAAUCAGAGGAUAGGUAAAAACGUCCUCAACCAAAAAAGUGAAUUAGAAAAGGCGUUAUCCAAACACAAGGAGAAGCAGCUUAUGAAUCAAGUCAAGGAGCACAGAGAGACACCAGAGCUAGAAAGAGCGAUAGCUGAGCGAGCUCGUCGCUUAGAACAAGCGGAACAAAGCGCAGAAGAAACUGAUCCCGCUACAAAUCCUACCCUGCAGGAAAUCCGUGCGCGCUUGCGACACGCCGCGCCGCCAGCGCCCUCUCCCGCCGCCUCCGCGCACUGA